UCUGCAGGCUGUGAAUGACAAGCAAACCCUCAUGGUGAGCUGGCUGGUAAACCACAGUCGCUUAGAGUGCAGCAUUUACGAGAUCCAGAUCAGCCGCACUGAAAACCACAUUAUUAUUUACAAUAGAAAUAUAAGUGUAUUCUCCGUGGACUCCGAUGAAUACAUGUGGACAUGGACCUCUGAGCUGCCUCUGGAGUGUGUCGAUCACUCAGUCAGGAUACGGUGUUUCUAUAAUCAGUCUGUUCUGAGUCCCUGGAGCAACUGGAUAACCAACAAUGGAACCCAGGCAACGGAAAAGAUCCAAAUAUUCCCCUUCCAGCGGGUGCUAAGGGAGGGCACCAGUGCCAUGUUCUGCUGUGUUCCCCCAAGAGGAGUCAAUAUUACCAGAAUUACCUUCAGUAACUAUGAAUACCCUCUUAUCAGAAUUAGCGACAGCGUCAAGUCUAUCUCUGUUGACAACUUAACCAUCCCAACAACUUUUAUUAAAGCUCAUUCACUCAGCUGCAGUGAUACAACAGGCAAGCUGAGUCGGUCAUCCUGGAACUACGUCAGUUUUCCUACCCAGAAGCCUGGAAACCUCAGCUGUGUGACCUCAGACAUGACAAGUGUCACUUGCACCUGGGAUUCAGGCAGAAAGCGACACCCACACGACCGUAACAAGCAAACCAACACCCUCCACAUAGAGAACUCAGACCAGGCUCCCAUCAACUGCAAGCAGUCAUCUUGCACUUUCCCAGCUGUCCCACAUUUGGAGGAAUACAACAUCAGUGUGGUGGUGAAGGACCAGCUGGGAGAGGAGACAGAGAGCUACAGCUUCAACAUUUCUGACAGAGUGUUUCCUGUUGUGGAGUGGGACAGAGUGAGCCCUGGGGUGACAGACGCCACCGUAUCCUGGAUCAUACACAGGAACUUAACUCAACUGAACCUCCUCUGUCAGGUCACCACAGACCCAGGCAGCACCACCGAGCUGAGCUGCAGUAGUACAAAUGGUACAUGCCAAGUCAAAGUGGAACAUCUACUCCCCAACACCUGCUACUCCACCAGGGUACGCUGCUCUGUCAAUGGCAGACUCUGGGGAGCGUGGACGCGGCCCGUAUCCUUCCCAACCCAUCCAUUGGUCACCUUGGAUGUAUGGAGGAGAAUAAAGCAGCUAUCUGACCCUAACAGCCGUCAAGUUACACUGUUAUGGACUCCAGUAAGAUUUAAGCUUGUCUGCUUUCCUCCAAAUGUUUUACUUUGGCAAAAAUAUUGGUGUGAUAGCAAACAAACUCUGUCUGAUUUAAUCAGGGCAAUAAAUGUCCCUCUGCAUGAGCUUUGCCCCAGCUUUCAUGACCUCCUUUUUUCUCAGCAUGUUUCUGGUUCAGCAACCACGGUGAACAUUCAAGGCUACGUAGUUCAGUGGUUGCAGGAAGGCCAAAACUGCACCAAACGGAAGGACAGUGGACAAACCCAGACAGAGGUCCUCAUCGGUUCGGGACAAUAUGAUUUCACUGUCAGUGCUGUUCUCCAACGCGGCUCCACCAUCCCCACUCACAUCACCAUCCCACAGAGAGAUGAUGGAGAAAACCUUCCAGUGUUGAAGCGGGUGAGCAGUGGCACAGCUGCUAGUUUUAAACUGUGCUGGGAUGAGCAGGACACAGCCACCUGUGGCUAUACUGUGGAGUGGUGCAUUCUGGGAAAUGCAGAGCCUUGUACUCUGAGGUGGAUGAAGGUGCCAGAGGGAAACAACACUUUGUCCCUACCUGCUGAAAACUUCAAAGCAGGUUGCAGGUACACAUUUAAUAUCUAUGGAUGCACAAAAAGUGGACACAGACUACUGGAGAUACAGACUGGGUACUCACAAGAGCUCGAAUCUGUACCCUCCCCGAGUUUGGUUGAACCUGUUCAGAGCACCUCCUCAUCUGUGACACUGGAGUGGCGUUACAAUGAGGAUGACGUGGCUCAUCCUGCUUUCAUCACCGGUUACCUGGUUACAGUGCAGGAAGUAGCCUCCCACACGUUGUCAGGUCAUGCUGCAAAUCUGUUCAACGUGUCAGUGGCAGAUCCUCAGAGGAAGUCUGUGACCAUGAGGGGUCUGCAGCCAAACCAAGAGUAUGUUUUCUCUGUGAGAGCUCUCACUAAGGAGGGGCCUGGACAACCUGCCAGUAUCACAAUCAGGACCAAGGCCGACUACUUGGCUCACUUGACGAAGAUACUGACUCCCAUAUUGUUGCUGCUGUGCUGCACCGCUCUCCUGUGGCCUCAAAGAAAAAUGCUGAGGAGGGGGCUGAAGGGGAUAUUUGCUUAUCCUGCUGGAAUGAACAUCAAAACUCCAGAAUUAGACAGCUUCCUGCAUGAGACCUGUGAAAGGCAAACUCUGGAGAUUGAGGAGUGCAGCAUCUGUGACAUUGAGAUUGUGGAUAGCAGGCCUCCGCUGAAUGAAGAAACCACACAGAGUGAUGCUGAGCCUUUGAACACACUCCCAUCUCCAGGUUCACAGCCUUCUCCUACAGCAUUGUCGCUCUCCAAUGUGCUGUUUCAAGCAGAGUACUGUCCACAGUCAGUCACGGCACUCUGUGGCCAACCAGCCCUUCAACAAACCACAUGCAUCAUAAAUAAGAGUUAUUUUCAGACCAAGGAGGAGUAUUUGUCUGAGGCACAACAAGUCCCGCUCAGUGAAAUCAGCAAACCUUCUGGCACUGCAGGAACCACGUAGUGUUGCAUAUUGUUAUGCCUCAUGUUUCUCAUGUGUCUCCAUGUCAAGAGUGGAAAUACCUUAAAUAGAUGCUUUGAUCUUAAGAUAUAAUGUAUAUCUGCAGCUUUGACUGGAAAAAUGUAGCCUGCAGAGUUUAUUAUAACGUGCUGUAUGUGAAGCAGAAAGCACACAGCAGAUAAUCUAAGGAGCUUUUCACUACCCAUGAGUUUGUCUGCAGGAAUGCAGUUCAAAAAUAAUCUGGUGUUGUUCCAAGUGAAAGUAUACCACAAGAGGAACUACAGAUGUUAUCUACAGGAUGCAACUGUUGGCACUGAUGAGGCAGCUGGACGUGUGCAUCAUUUCCUUUUUUAAACUUCAAAUUUUACAUUACUGUUAUGGUGUUAUAAAAAUGCAUUUCUUAUUUCAGCACAGUGCCUUAUUUUGAGUGAUUUAAUGAUAAUAAUAAUAAUAAUAAUAAUAAUAAUGAUGUUCCUUCAUCAGUGACUAACAGAUAAAAAAUCCGUUUGCACCAUGAUAAGCAUGUGAUAUCAAAACGUAUAUUUGUUGUAAGUGAUGCAAUUUCAUGUGAAGUGAAUUUAUCUGGUGUGUUAUUGCCUUGUGUGUUUCCAAAAAAAAAAAAAAAAGAAAAAGAUAAAAACAUGCAGCUUCAUUAAGAAACACACAGAACCAGUUUAUAGCAGAAAAUCUGUCACAUAAAUGUAAUCCCAGACUAACAGAGCUCACGAUGCAGCCACCGUGCACCUUUUGUGAACAACACUAUCCACACAUCCACUGAACAGUACUAUCAUAUGAGUAGCCUGGGCAGUUCAAAUGAUUCAUAUAUCUCAUUCAUCAAGUUGGAAUCAGUUCACUGUUACAGUAUCCCUGCUCUGAUAAAUUCAGCCAAAUCUCUGACAGUCUUCCCAACCCACAUUCCUUACUCAUUACUUGGUUCAGUUAACCCCAUUUCUUUUAUAAGUCGCAGAACUGGUUCUGAAAACAACAAAAAAGGUGUCAGACGUGCUGUGAUGUGGCUGUGCUCAAGCAGCAUGUGACAAACAGCAAAUGAAUCCAGUUGCUUGACGUGUGCACCUGGCCUGGGUGACCGCAUUAUCACCACAACUAUUUUUCAUUUCUGUUCACAGUCCACUGAAUGUGAAAAACCACCAGUCACAGUUUAUUAGACAGAAAAAAAGGUCAUACAGCAGUUACAAUAUCCUGAGUAAAGCUAAUAAACCACAUCAAUUUCAAACAAGAUAACAGAGGACAAAUAAAAUACAGAAUCUAAAUCCAUUUCUGGAUGCUGUCCAAGCACUCAAGCAGAGGUGAUCAGCUGAUUGUCCUGAACAUCCUGGCAGCCAAAACAAGGACAAAUUAAAAUGGAUGUAAAUGGAACUUACUCAUGCCAUUAUGUAAUUUCAAAUAUUACAAGGAAAUACUAAGCCAGAAUAGAGGACAUGUCCAUUUGACACAGGAAGAAGUCAAAUCAUGGAAACAAAACAUGCAAAAUAUACAUAUACUAAAUAUAUCACACUCUCUCUCAUAGUUUAUUGGUCACUAGAGCAAGUUGUGGCCUGAGCUGCCUCGAUCCGCCGUAGUGCAGCGUUCACGGUGGACAGAAAGAAACAGAAAAAAGCAGCAAAACCUGACCUGUCAUGUGUCAUGUGUCAAUGACAUUUGACUCACAGGAAUCUCCAGCAGACAGUAAAGCUGAGAGACACAGGUGACGCUUCCACUUAGUCGAGUCCGAUUUUUUGCGGUUUGAUCUUUGACUCUAUUAGGAAGAUGUUCUGUAGUACUCUGUCACUCUGGCACUUUUCUCUGACUGAGAGCAAAGUCCACUCUCAGAUUUUAGUCCGCACCAUUAAUAUCCAAAAUGACCUGCCGAACAGGAGACAGUCCUCACACUGAAGUCCUCUGUUGUACUCUAACCCUCACCUUGCUGUGCUUUCUGAAAGGGAAAACACAAAUGAGUACCAACCGCAGUAAAACAGCUGCGAGAUUAAAGCUUCAGACAUGUGACGCAAACAGACAGGUUAACUAGUGGCAGUCUGUGAGAUCGCUGUGUCGACAAAAUCAAACUGAAGCUCCAGCAAAAUCGAGUUACGGCUUGCGUUUGUUUUUUACCGUUUUGGCGGUGACACCAUGCACUUCCAGAGGACAGCGUAGAGAGCAAGGAGAAAGGAAAUAAACACUGUGGCAGCAAUUGCACCUAAAAGCAUACAUACACAUGUUUAUUUGCACACACUGAAACUACACAGAACAGGAGGACACAUGCAAGUGCAACACGAUUCACCGUGUGUUUUAUCUUCUGCAGGAAGUAGUUCUGAAAUAGUUUCUUUACCUGAGACAAAAGCCAAACAAAAAUGAUAUAUCUUUGGAAUGUAAAUGCUCAUUUGCAUACACAUGCUCUUCAUUUUACUACCCAGCUUCACUACAGUCCUAUACACCAAUCAGCCAAUCAGGUUUUAAUAUUGUGGCUGAUUGGUGGAUAUCAAAAACAUUGCACACUCUGCAAGAAAAAGCUAUUUGAGUAUCUUUUCGGGGCUUUACGAAUUUCUGUCUCUCUGUAGGCGGCUGCUUAUGUAAAUCUCUAAGAGCCCUGCAAACUCCUGUCAUGGAUUCAUAAAAUCAGUGAGCAUUACUGACGCCUGAGUAAUAUCACUGCCCUUUCUAAAUGUCUGGUCCGGGUCUGCUGAACAGGAUUGAAAGACAAAACUUUGAUACACAUAAUAUUAUCCUGAGCAGCUAUGGGUCGUGUGUCAAAUCAGAACAGUAUGUAGAUGAACCUCAAAGAAGUGCACAGUUUUUGGAGAUUAUUUGUGUCCUAUAUGAUUGUUUUAAGUAUAAAAAAGUUCCUACAAACUUUAAACAUGUUCUGGGCCUAUCAUGGAGUUGCACAGAAGCAACUCCAAAGUGCAAGAGUUUUCUAGGACAUGGUUCAAAUGGUAAGCUGGAAGCAGAAAUGCACACAAAACUGCAACACAGAGGUGAAGCGUGAGUCAUGGAAGUAUUAAAUGUUUCUGGGUGAAAAAAAAAAACAACCAGUCUGAGUAUUUUUGAAAAAUCUCAAUUUCUGACAAGGCCAACAUAAAUAACCAUAAGCAAUUUGAACAGAAUGACAUGAUCCCCAUUACUUUGCAUUCAUGCUCCAAAAAGAACUGCCAAAUAAAAUGUUUUGAUUUUUUUUUUAAAUCUGCUCGGCUGCGGCUGCUGUAGCUAACUUGACUCCCCUCUAUUUGUGGGUCUCGGCUCUUUGGGUGAUGCAGGAGGUCUUUGUUAGCUCAGGGUGGUGCAUCUAACAAAUCUGUCUUACAGGGUCUGUAAAGACAUGACACUUUUCUUACCAGGGAUGAUUCCGCUGCUCUUCCCUAAAGAGUCCUCUGCGUGAGAAGGAGGAGUGGCAGCUGCAGUUGAACCUUCAUGGGGAAAAAAAACCCAGAAAUACUUGACAACAAUGCCAAUAUAAAAGACUCUGUGUGUGUAUGUGUGUGAAUAUGCAGGUGGAUGAAGGAUACAUGAACUAAAUAGCAUCGGAUCGAAAAAUCCUGAGAUCCUGUGUUGAUUUUGGAUGCAGCAACUUUAUUCAAAACCAGCUUUAGCUCAUGAUGUGAUUAGAGUUGUUGAUUCAAAUCUGCGGUCAUUUAUAAAUACUGGAGUUCUGUACAGGACCGCGGCGCACUACAGCCGCUUCUCUUCAUCUGAAGAGCUCUCCUGAUCCUCUUCCUUUAGUGUGUGAGCAUCGACCAGGGGCUACGGUGUUUCAUGUGUUUCCAAGAUGUUCCUCUCGCCACACUGAAUAACUUACAUGUUUGUCACCACUGCACCUUCAUUCCUGCUGGUAGCACAUAGCAUACUGCUGUGCUUCUUUGGGAUUUUUUCGUGUGUUGCUCAGAACUACAGUUAGCUUGACUGAAUGUCAUCUUAAGAUGACAUAAUACUAAAUGGAAUUUACCUGAAGUGGACUUCCCUGUUUAUCAGACAGUGUAAUCUGGUGUUGAGACUAUUUUUGCAUGUAUAUACUGUGAAACUGGAAGACAUCCAUGUAUACUAGAUCAGCUUUUAACUAUUAUUAAAAUGCACAAGACAGACAAUAUACUGUAAAUGCAUUGUGACCCAGAUAAAUCUAUGGAAACCUCCCUGGUGAGCUACAACAGGAAGAGAAGAUAGAGGAGAUACAAGCUCACCAUUUCUCUGUUGAACUGUGUGUAAAAGCUGCCGUGUAAGAAGAUCUGGGUCAACCAUCUGAAAAUGCAGUAAAACAUUCAUGUUUGCACCAAAAAUGUAGAGCACAGGGCACUGACAGGACAGGACACACUACCACCCCCAGCUCAGAUACUUGUCUUGUGCAGCUUCAUACAAUUACAGAGCAACAGACGCCAAGAGAAAGACGGGCUAGAUCAGCAACAAGUGGGAAACUUUCUACAGGAAGUCACCAAAUGUGGAAAAUCGGGGCGUAUCGGGCAACCACAGGCCCAAAGAUAAGGAAAACAUGCAAGAUAAGAAAAUACGAGCGACCUACAUAUUUACAAAACAUUUGCCCCGAGACAACACUUGUUCCUGCAGCAAGGCGAUGAAACAGCUUUCAGUCCAGGAUAAAACCUUGUUAACAUGCCACUCAUUUUAGCUUGUAAGUAAUUUUGUGUGUCACGUAAAGUACGUGGGGCCAAAUCCCGAGACAGUCUCACUCUUAGAUCAACAGACUUGUUUUGCUCCCCUUCAGAAAGACCGAAAAAAUCUGGUUUCCCGUCUUGCCUCUAACCUUCGAGCCGAUGACAGUCCUGCUGUUGUUUUUCACCUCCGUCCACAUUCUCGAGGUUGUGCGGUCAGACUUCAUCACUUCAUGUUGUCUUGUUGCCUUCUCGUGUCAGCUGUGCGCCCGGACGCGCUUCUCGUGCUGCGUUCUCGUGCUUCUUUUGAAGUCGUACUUUUUCGGUUGCAUGGACGGGACACUCACAACUUUCUAUUGUGUUAGCCCUACAAAGUUGCUGACGAAAGUUGUCUCAGUCAUGGAUUUGUUUUGUGUUUUAAUAUCCGGCUGUCAAUCAUCUAAGCCGAUUUUUGACUCGGAAUACUUUACGCUUACAGAUGGGCUAAUAUUUCUUGAAAACACCUCCUUGCUCACCACUGCUUGAUUUUGCAAGUUGGUUUUCACAAGUACACUCUCUGGUCUUUCAUGGAUUCAUUUCCUUUUAAAAAGCAGUAUUUCCUACAAAAUAUGAAGAAGUUGAGAUCUGGGCCCUUCUGUGUGGAGUUUGCAUGCUCAGUCAGCUGGGAUAAAACAGCACAGCACACAUACAUUUGAAGUAUUAUUUGAAUACUGACUCCAAAUAUAUAAUUGCUGCCUUCUGAACAUCUAAGCAAUAUUACACAUUCUGUAAACAGCCAAUGUUUGAACAAAUAAAACUGCUAACACAGACAGAAAAGAACAGUUUAUUAUUGAUGAUAGUUGUUUUGCUUGCAAACCACAUCUGGAUAAAACGUUUAAAUGCAGACUGUUUAACACAAUGGUCUGUAAAACACGAUCUGAAAAUAGCAGAACUUCACAGAUCUGUCAGAUUAUCAAAUUCAGCACUUUAACUGGAAUUUUUGAAGAGAAAACAAAUAUCAGAAACAAUCCUGGAUACACUUAAUAUGGGUAUUAGUCAUGAGAAUAGCAUUUACAAAGGCCAAUUUACUGUCUUUUGUGAGUAACAGAAAUUAUUCACCUUACUUUAAAGAGAGACACACACCAACUGUCUGUCGAGAUAUUGCACAAAAGUUUACAAUGUAAAAGCAGAAAGAGUAGCUCAGAUCACAAACACUCAAAAGUCCGCACACACAGGCACUCAACAUCAAUGCAGCCUGCAGAUGUUGUAUAUCAGCAAAUCAUACACACAUACAGCAAGAAGCGAGCAGAUGUCUAAAAUACACAACCGAAGGCAUCUCUUCAUCUUAAACUGAUCAGCAGUUCCGUCAAGAAAUGUCUACCCAGUCAUACCUAAAUGCAAAGCAAACAGUGCUGACAGUAAAGUUAAAAAAAAAAAAAAAAAAAAAAAA